AUGGAGACUGAUGACAUGAUUAGUACUAGUGAAAGGUUGCAGCUUCUCAUGGAUGAUCACGGAGGAGGAAAUGAGACCAAUGGCAAACCCGCUGCAUCUCUCUUGGACUAUCUCGUCAGAAAACUGGAAAAGGAAAGGCUGGCUGAAGUGCAGCUAACCAACAGUGAAAUGCCAGUUCGAACGCAAAAAGUGGAAAGUGACUUUAACGACGACAUUAUCGCUUCACCCGGUUCGCAUUAUACUUCCUUCAUUCCACCUCGCCCGUACGCAGAGCACUUUGAUUUCGAUGGCGGGCAAGGAGACUUCGUGACAAGCAGCUCCGGAGUCCAAACUCAAGGAUACAAUGACGUGGUGUUGAGUGAACGUCAUAUCGAGAUCGAGGACAGUAGGCCAAGAAGCGAAAGAGCGAAAGUUUUUGGAGAAAACGAGAACGAGGAGAAUAAUGACGGAGCUCCAGACCAGAAUCUAUCUCCUGACCAUGGGCGCGAAGUAGACCUCCAAAGUAAUGAUAUUGUGGAUGAGGAAAGUGCACAGCUCGUGGUAGAUAAACUUAACAUAUUCAAAAGUGAAUUUCGCCGCCUCAUCCAAAAAAUCGAUGAUGCUUCGUUAUUGACGCAUAUGUCGGACCCAUUUUUGCCCGUAGAUUCUGAGUUUAGUCCGAGGCCUAUGAACAGUAUGAUGGCCGGAAUUUUAGAUACUUUGCAAUCACUUCCCUCAACUGGUAGUGGUCGCAAACGUCCCAGAAGCUCCUCGGGCGUAGCUCAGACUGAGGGACCACCCCUCAUGCGCAGGAGUCCCGCAAGAGAUGCUCAGCUGAAAGAACCUCCGAGCAUAAGUGAGAUCGAGCAGGACCCAUGCUUUGGUUUAGCCAAUUUUGGAGUCGUACUUGUGAAAUCCCCCGUUACUGUGGCACAAUUGUGGAACGAGUACACUAAACUUCCAAGUGAGUGGGCCCUACCUGACUGGUUUGAAGUGGUUUCGCAACAACACUCUUCAGAAAAGCAUGAAGCACAGAGCGCUGUUCAAGUGAUGAAGCGACGAACUUCUAUAAGGGACCUUGAGAGAACUUAUGGAUCGUCGUGGCGGAACAAUGACAAAAACUUCUCUCGUCAAGUAAAUCGUCGCAAGAAAAUAUGGCUUGCCAUUGAGGAGGGCUUGCAGGAUGGCAUUUCUUUGAAUGACUGUUUUCAGUUAAUGGAGACUUAUGUCAAGGAAAGAGGCAAAGGUUUAAGCUGGUAUUAUAACGGUGUUCCAUUCAAAAUAAAGGAUCUAAAACGUGUGUAG